AUGAUGAUCAGAAUCCGUACGAACACGGCAACAAAGUCCGAGAAUAGGCCUACAAAAAUCAGGAGCCCAAAGUACAGCUGCAAGAGAGUAAGAGUGCAAAUGAAUUGGAAAACAGAUUUUGAUACCUCGAAUUUGAAAAGACCCAUUGAACCACCGAAAAUAGAGGAUGCAAAAUGCAACCACAGGAGAAUGGAGAGACCAGAAGAAAGCAGACCCCCGAGAUACAGAAACUCUCUACGCCUGGCUACCAUGGCAGCUGCAGAGAAAGAAGCAAAGGCCAAAGCACAACCGACAAAAGCACCGACAAGAAUGCUACAAAAAGGGAGCAAAACACACACAUGA